AUGAAAAGGUGCUACUGCGGACACAGGGGCGUUGGCAGUGGCGGUGGCGGUGGCAGCAGCAUCUUGAAGUCGAAUAGCCACAUCAGCAGACUACAGCAGCCGCAACGCACAGAUCUCCUCUCGCUGACGUCAUCAUCCCGACAGAGUGUGCAGCCUACGCAGUUCGUAAAGCGUCCCACUGCCCGUAACAACUCAAAUCCGGCUAUGAAUCUGGGUCUGGGACACUCCAACAGCGGAUUGUGCCGGGACUUCAGCAGACGCAACUCUGCAACGACCACUGUGAGUCAUUGCUCCAGCUGCUGCAGCUCCUCUGGCUAUGCACCGCAGCUGCAACAGCAGCAGCGCGAGAGCCGUGUCAAGGUACUUAGCUGGGCCAACGGGGAGCCAGGUGCCAGUCACAGCAACAACAACAGCAAUGCGAGCAAUCACAGUCAUUGCGAGCACACGGACAAUCGACGUGUCUACGAGCAACGCGCCUGCGCCACCAGUCGCCUGACAGCUGAAGGUCAGGUUCAGGGUCAGAUUCAAACAACGCCAUCACCUUUGCCCCCCACAGCUAGUCCUGCCCGGCACUGCAACAAUGACGACGAGUUGCAACGUCUGUUGGCGUUGCAACAAUUUCGACUACUCAAUGCCAGCGACUGCUUCAGCAGUCAGCGACAGGAUGAACUGCGUCUGCAGCGAGCCUACGACAAACUGGGCAUGGCCGACACCGCCAAGUGGCAGAAGAACAAAGCGAACGAGACGAGGCAACACACGUUGCCUGCCCCAACUCCCUAUGCGCUGCGCCAGAAGUUGCUGCAGCUGCGACUGCAACAAGAGCAAGCUGCUGGACGAGGCACAGGAGCUGCAUGUGCGCCUUUGGAACGCAGCUGUGCGCUGAGAUUCAAUUGUCAUUAACUUAAUAUUAGGAGUGGAAA